AUCGUCUUAAGCCAAUUUUCAUUUAUUUAUCGGCCAUUGUAAAUAGCACAAUUGGGGCCCUGGAGCUCCGAUUGCAUUGUCAAGUGAGAUUUCAGUCCCUGCAAUUCAGCUAAAGAUGAUUUGUUACAUCUAUUGUACAGGGAUGUAGUACCCCUGUAUAGGGGUGGUGUUCUUAGCUUCUCCUGCAUUAUUACUAUGAAUAUAAAACGAUGCCGUACGCACACAUUGCACCCGCCACUAGGGCUUAUCGUUAAUUUGACGAUUCAAUUUGAAUCUCUAUUUAAACACCGAUUCCAAGUGUAAUAGAAGCCCGAUUCGCUGAAAUUGACUCCAUCAAGUAGAUCUAAAAUUGGGUAACUUAAACUUGUUGAAUACACGAAUAUUUUGGGAGACCCAACACCACACCGAGACGUGUGAUACACGUGCAUAUUUUUUUUUUUGCAAUACAACUCGCCCGAUCUCCCACUGAUUACGGUUUGAUUGGGUACCUUAGGUACAUAGUGUAGACUAGAUACGUAUAUAAGUGAGAUAAUUAGUUGUUGGUGUCCGUAUAUCAAACAAACCGAGUCACGUGAGAUGGCGGUGACGUCACGCUGCUCAGUCAGCUCGUCAAGCGUUUGAUAAAUGUUGGAUAUCAGUAGGUAUAGGAUAAAUUAAUGGACGAUGUUUCUCUUAAUCCAAAUCAUUUAGAGAUAUGGAUGGUGGUUAUGAGACACUAUUUUACCGCAUUAUAGAAGAUUAUGAUGUGAGCUCAUUGAUUUCAUUUUAAGCAGAACCUUUAGAUAUAAGAAUUGAUAGUAGGUAAUAAGUUGGUAACGCUUCGGUUUGGUCCGAGCGCAGAGCGGCCGAGCUGCCGGUACUCGGUGUCGAGGUGAAUCGAUAACCAACGAUGUGGAAUUUAUAAAAGUGUCCGGCGGGCGCCGCGGAGCGUCUGCGCUCUUGCUUUUUCACGUGUUUCCGUAUCUGCGUUACUCGCACUCGCGCCUGUGAGGUAAGUGCGAGUGAGAUGGGCAUGUUUGCCCGCUUGCUUCUUGCUGCGCGUGUCUGUUUGCCUCUGUGCGCGCUAACGUGUUUGCUCCGUGCCCUCGUUGUGGUGUGACGUGUAGUCAAUCGAAACAUUUAUAAGUACAGAGUAUUCUUCUUGUAAUUAUAUAUUUGACCCCUGUGUGCACAGUUAGCGAAUAAUUGUAUUUUCGAUGUGACUACUAGUGCGUUGACUGUUUUCGUGUAAAUCACACAGACAUUAAAGUAAGAGUAGUGAUGUCAAGCAGCAAGCGGGCGCGUGCGUCGCGUACGGCGGCGGUUGCAGAAGCGGCGGCGGGCGCGGCCGAGGCGGCGGAGGGCGGCGGGGGAGGCGGGGGCGGCGAGGUGGGCCGCCUGGUCGACUGCAGCCAGGCCGACGACCGGCGCAUGAUCCGGCUGGUGCGCGAGCGGCGCCUGCUGUACGCGCGCAACAACAUGCCCGUCGCCAGCUACUACUCGCAGGUCAAGAAGCUGUGGGAGCAGGUGGCGCGCGAGAUGGGCUGGACCGUGGCGGACGUGCGUCGCAAGUGGUCGCACAUCCGCAACUCGUACUCGCGGCACCUGCGCAACGAGAUGUACGGCGUGCGCACCGGCCGCGGCCGCAUGGUCUCCAAGUGGUACCUGGCCGACGAGCUGGACUUCCUGCGCGAGCACAUGGCCACCGACACGCGCCCGGCGCGGUACUCGUACGCACCACUAUACCUGGACAUGAAGUCGGAGGAGCAGCCUGCGCUGGGGCCCGAUUCGGUGGACCUGAAGCCGUUCCUGGGCAACCCGUGGUUCGCGCUGGCGGGGGGCGCGCCUGCCGCCGCGGACCCGCCCCCGCGCGACGCCUCCGCCAGCCCGCGCUCCUUCGACGCCGAUGAGAACUCUGCCUACUUCCAGUUUUUCCGUGGCAUCCACAACGACUACCAGGAGCUGCCGGCGCGCAAGCAGCGCCUGUUCCGGCGCGAGUGCCUCGCCUUCCUGCACCGCCUGCUGGACGACGACGAGCCGCGCGAGCAGAGCGACGCGCUCAACCUGAGCCACGCGCCCGACGACGAGCGCGACGUCAAGCCGCAGCUGCCGCCCGACGACGGCCGCGACAUCUUGCCGCACUAGGGGCGUGGGGCUGCGCUAGGGCCGCGCUUGGGCCGCGCCGGCGGCCGCACAGGACGUUCAGUGAGAAACGUGACCGUGUUCCUACUAGGGUAGCGGUGUCGCCAGCCUAGCCUGGCGCACCCCUGUAUAUAGUUAUUUAUAGUUCGACCGCACCUCGGUGCUCGCUCAAAGCUAUCUAGUCUUAUAAUAUUGUAACGAAAACUUGAAACACAAUAUUAGAAUUAAUUUAAGUUGUAUGUGGGUACAAUACUUUUCGACGGGAUUCAUGGACCCCUAUAAGAAAAUUAAAAUACAAAUUAAAAAAAUGAUUGUAAAAAUGGUUAUUCAUCGUGGCAUUUAAAUUGUUUUCAUUAUUAAGCAGAUGUGAAAGUAUAUUUAAGAUCACAAGAAUAACGAUAAUGUAACAUUUGAGUCCGGAACAAUGCGGCUUGAACCAUGCUAAUAUUCACUGAGGUCUGUUUCCUCUUAACAAUGUGAUUUGCUACAAACUCUUGUUCCUACUUGUUAUUAGUUAAAAUUAUGCAACAAUUAUAUGAACAACAAUUAGUAA